AAACCGUCACACUUUACGGCGGAAGUUGUGUGACGUCAUCAGGGAGCGUAGUUCCUGGUUAAUUUUUGUUGCAUUCUUUAGCUUUCAAUCGAUCGUUCGCUUUUUACUCCGAACAAACCGGUCGUCAUCUGGAGCGUGCUGCCCUGUGUUGGGAGAAGAGUUCUUAGGCCAACGGUUUACCCGAGAGAAACCAGUGGUCUGUGUUUGCGUCAGUUUCCGGUGUGUUUGUGGCUCUGGCAACACUGAACAGGAAGACAGACGCAGAGAGACGUCUGAACUGAGAGCGGAAACUGCUGCAGCUUCAGAAUGACUGAGUUCUGGGUUUGUUUCAGCUGCUGCAUUGCAGAGCAGCCACAACCUAAACGGCGGCGACGGAUCGAUCGCUCCAUGAUUGGGGAGCCGACAAACUUUGUUCACACCACACACGUAGGCUCGGGGGACAUGGGCCUGGGAUUGUCAUCAGUGGACCUUGUUCAAGCCCAAAUGAAAUCUAAAGGGGGCUACAUGCAUGGCGGAUCUGAAGGUUCUCAGUUGUAACAAGCCCUUCACAGUCUUGUGGAAACUACUGUUGUUGAUAUGAGGAAGCGUUUUCAAAAAGCAGUUCUGUCUGUAAUGGACGCAGGACCAAAAGAUGAAACUACUGCUUUUCCAUAAUGUUGUAUAUAUAUUUUUAUUUUCCAUUCCUUUUUUUUUUUAUGAAAGCACUGCUAUCCAUUUGCUGCCAUACUGUUGCACUGUAAAGAGUAACUGUUAGGAAUAGAUAAGAGGGUUUAGAAAGCUCAUAAUCUCAGUCAGAUGAGUAUGCUUGUGUGUAUGCAUGAGGAAAAUAUUUUCACAAAUAUUUGCUGUUGUAGCCCAUUUGGAUGCCUGUAUUUAUUAUCUGAUUUGUAAACGGACCUCAUGGUGGCUGGGCCACGCUGGAGAGUUGGAACAUUCAGUUUCUUUCUUUAAUUUUCAGAGGUUUAUCAAAGGACAGGUAGAGGUGGCAACGCAAAAAGCGAUAUGUUCAUUGUUUUAUUCUGAGAAAUACUCAUUCUCUGAGUUUCUUUCAGGGUUAGAGAUUGCUGUCUUGUAAUAAACUUGAAAUGAGUAGAGUACACUGGAUCUUACAUUGUACACUCACACUUGCUUAGGAAUUUUGCAUUGAUUUCAACUGGUUUUUUUUAUACUUAUUUAGAUUUGAACCAUAUAGAAUUUUAAUAAACUAUGAACUUCCUAAUCUGC